AUGUUGGAUGCGCAGAUGCAGGAAUCAUUUCCAACAGUCUCAGAACUGCUCUCGUGGUUCAGAUCACAAUUUACGCCUAAACAACAACCACCCCCCACCACGCCAACGUCAACAACACAACCACCCCCACCACGUCAACGUCAACAACAACCACCCCCCACCACGUCAACGUCAACAACAACCACCCCCACCACGUCAACGUCAACAACAACCACCCCCCACCACGUCAACGUCAGCAACAACCACCCCCACCACGUCAACGUCAACAACAACCACCCCCACCACGUCAACGUCAACAACAACCCACCCCCACCACGUCAACGUCAACAACAACCACCACCACCACCACGUCAACAACCACCCCCACCACGUCAACGUCAACAACAACCACCCCCACCACGUCAACGUCAACAACAACCACCACCACCACCACGUCAACAACCACCCCCACCACGUCAACGUCAACAACAACCACCACCACCACAAAGAAGCACAACCGCUCCAGUAGCAACGGCAGCCACUCCAACCACCACCCCUCUAGGAACAAGCACUACCACAGCUGCAACUGAUUCGAAGACCAGCUACGCAAUCCCCAUAGCUAUCGGAGCUGCAGCUGGGGGUGUAGCUCUCUUGGCCGCAACAGGAGCUGCAGCACAUCACUUUCAACAGCCCAAACAAACAGACUUCUUUACUGAAGAAUGGGGUGAUGAAGACCCUCAUCCACAUGCCGACAAUGAAACGCAUGUGUCUCUCGGAUCCCUCGACGGAUUUUAG